UAAUUAAACAACAUUAUGGAGGAAUGUGUGUGGUUCUAGGUAAGGAUCAUAAAGGCACGAUUUUUGGAACAAGUAUAGGUAGUUGGUUGCCCUCCCACAUGCCAGGAUCUCAAAACUUGAGAGAAAAGUGAUUUUUAUCACAUUCCUCUUUCUUCAUACCCAUUUGCCCAGAUGACGACCAAAGAAGUUCCAAGAAGCACUUUGGGAUGGAGGCCAGUUGCUGCCACUGCUCGUGGCCCCUGUCACAUGUCAGCCACGGGCGUGGGGCCCUGUCACGGUGCAGAGGUGAGCUGAGAUGAGGUUGAACAGGACUGUGAGGCUCCCCGCCUGCUCUUAGGCGUACGUAUUCCACGAGUUGGGGUGGUGGUGCAGAACUGAGAUCAGGUUCUCAGUCAGCCGUGACCACAAAGCAUAGUUGAGGAGACUCUGCUUCUCCACGUGCAUCGGUUUGAAGUGGCUCUGGCUUUGGUUGUGGCUUGAACGCGCUUUGUGCUUGAUGAGCUGAUAGCACUCCUUUCUGAAAGACAGCGUCUCGGUGCUGGUGGAGAAGAGCCUUCCCCCUCCCUGGGCCCGCGAGGCCGCAGCUGACGUCUCCUCUGUGAUAGAAACCCACCUGGUGCCCCCGGGAUUUGUGUGAAACACCCCGGGAAUGCCACAAAAGAGCAGCCUGCCGAACUGAGCUAAAGGGCACCAGAAUUCUCCAUGCGCUAUCCCAGCAUUAUUUCGGGGCAGGGCGGGUGGUUAGCUUCAAUCUUAAAAACCCAUCUGGGGACUUGUGAUACUAAAGUGUUCCGUGUUAGCCCCUGGAUUCGAAUGCCUCCUUGGUUUGAGUAGACCCUGGGUGCCGGACAGCCCGGCCUUGGAGGGGUUGUUUGUGAAGACGGACACGGAGCACGUCGGCCCACCCAAGACUUGUGGCUGCCAGCUCAGUCCUUUGAUGGGGUGUCCAGAGUCCGCUCCCCCGAGAGGAGGAGGCCGAGAUGAGGUGACCUGGUCCUACAGGUCAGCAGGGGAGGUUCUGCCUCGGGGCGAUGCACCGAGCUCUCUGAUAACGCAGCAUUUUUGCUUUAAUGCAUCUUAAAUGUGGAUUAUACUAUUAAUUACUGCUGAACAAAACAGGGAUUAAUGCGGCUGGCCUGCCUUGCCCCCUGCACUUUUACACUUCCCCUUUGCUAGGGAAUGGCCAAAGGGCAGGAGGUCUUCCUGUCAUCUGUGUUUUGUUUUAGCACCAGUGGCUGCUAAGCCUUCUGGGGCUCACCAGGACAGGGGGACGAAGCGGGGGCACAGUGCUGGGUCUGGACCUCCAUUUGGCACACGGGCCAUCAAGGGGAACGGGGCUGUCUCCUUCCCCAGAGCUGGGCAUGCUUUGCUCUGCAGCCUCUUAGCUCUCAGAAUGCCUUGCUAAGUGCUCCUUUCUCAAGGGGCUGCGCUUCCAUCAGUGCUUUCAAGCGAAGUCCCAAGGUGCUUUGCCCCUUUAAGAGUUUCUUAACUGAUCAAGUGAGGUGCAGAGGAUGCCACUGACUUCUGCCGCUGGUCACCUCCAGCCCCAGUGCGGGGGGCAGUUUUGGUAGCCAGCCCGGAGCUGAUGCCUUGUAAUUGGUGACAUUCGGAGUUCCUAAGCUUUCCUACCACCUUAUCCUUGCAUAUAUAGUAUGGUCUAGAUCUUAAGCGAUUGCAUUUUAUAUUGUGUAUUAUAUAAUAUACGUUAUAUGUUGUGUUAAUGACUACUUCUUAUAUCUUCCCCGUAUUCAAGCUAGUAGACUAAUUUUUCAUCCAUAUGGAAUUUUUUUUUUAAAUAGAUGAGGCAUUAAAUCACAUUUCUCUGGUAAUACUCCAAGGAGCACAUAACUUGGUAGUGUUUGGAAUUCCAUACUCAGUGUAAUCUGUCGUGCGUGCAGGCAGGGGCUGUUUACUGGCAUCCUUCGUUGUAUGGUAACAGAAUAUACAGAAUUUCCCAGUUGCAGAAACUAGAAAGUGGGAAACAGAUUUCUUCAACGUAAAUUGGAAAACAGAAUAAUGAGGGGUUUUUUUUCCUUUUUAAGAAACUCGACAUUGCAAAAUUGGUGGGAAGGACAGUGGCAUAAUGUUUAUAAUCACAAGUUAACUGUAUUAGUUUGGGAUUACAACUCAUUUUGAGUAAGAGUGGAGAGGUCUGCAACAACCGAGAGGCAGAAUGUGUGGAGCAUUCCUAAGAUGGGAAAGGCUCGUUGAGGGUGAAACUGGGAAUUCUACCACCUUCUCAGCUGAACAUUUGUGAAUUCAGGUUUCAAAAUGGUAGUCUGGUUGAAACCUGAUGAAACUUUUUUUUUUUUUUUGGAUACUUCCUUUUCCUUGAAGCUCUUAAUUCUUCUGAACUUGGAGGUUCCAGAAUUAGAAAUUAUUUUUACCUCCUCCCUUUUCUAGCCACAGAUGUUUAUCAUUUUGGAGCCAAGUCUUGCUCAAUGAAACUAAUCUCUAAAUUUCAUCAAAGAAAGUAUGGAAAUUUACUUGGUUAUAUACUUACACAGUCUAUCUGGGAUGGUUUAAUUCCAUUUAUUGAGAGAUGGCAUUGCUUUUUAAAUGAAUUUUUAAACAGGCAAUACAUGCCCAUAAUAAAAUUUUCAGAAGGUACAGAGAUUUCCUCUCCCUCUCUUCCUGUGCAGUGAGCCCCGCAAUCACUCAGUUCCCCAGAAUCACCUGCUCUUGUAUCCCUUCUAGAAGGUAUAUAUUUGGAGAGGACUGUCACAGCAUUAUAAAAUACUUUUUUCAGUACUUAAGUAGUGUUUUCUGCCUAAAAUAUUUCCCCCCCUUUGUCAGAGUUUCUUUAUCUUCUUUCAGAGAUGUUUUUAUACUCUAUAGAAUACUUAAUAAUAAAACCAUGAAGGAAAUCCAGUUACUUGAAUAUUUAAAAAUAUGCUCCCGAAUCACUCGGGUCAAAGAGGAGAUGAAAUUCCUGCCACAGAAUCAUUGGGAAAUACUGAGAAUUCUGGAUACCUGGAUGUCUGGGUUAUUGCCAAAAUUAUACCCAGGGGCACAUUCAUAGCUUUAUUUAUUUAUUUAUUUAUUUACUUACUUACUUAUUUAUUUAUUUACUUACUUACUUAUUUAUUUAUUUAUUUAUUUAUUUAUUUAUUUAUUUAUUUAUUUAUUUAUUUGAGACAGAGAGAAUGAGAGAGAGAGAGCACAUGAGAGGGGGGAGGGUCAGAGGCAGAAGCAGGCUCCCUGCCGAGCAGGGAGCCCGAUGCGGGACUCGAUCCAGGGACUCCAGGAUCAUGACCUGAGCCGAAGGCAGUCGCUUAACCAACUGAGCCACCCAGGCGCCCCAUUCAUAGCUUUAAAUCCCUUCAUUAUUACAUAAGAGAAAAUGAAGUGAAUUAAGUAUUCAAGUCAAAGUUGGAAAGAAUAAAACAAGCCUAAUGAGAUGCAAGUAAUAUUAAUGAAUUAGAAAACAGGCAAAAAUAUUGAAGUUGUAGGUCUGAGAGCUAUGUAUUUGGGCGGGGGGGAACUCAAGGAAAUAGAGCAAACCACUAUCAUGCCUCAUUAAAAAAAGAGAAGACCCAAAUACACAGAACUAAAAAUGAGUUUAUGGGAUGUAUAAAAAGAGUAGCAAAUUAUAAGUUAUAUUUGAAGGAAUUAUUUUAUAGCAAAAAUAAAGUAACUUAAAAUACAACAAUUUUGAAAAUCUCAGUUGACAUGGCUAUUCUAGGGAAAUGACUCAGAAGUCUGGAACUUGAAACAAGGAACUAGAGAAGAAACUGAACAUUUAUAAAAAAAAAAAUACUUCCAAAAGCGCUCUGGAUGCAAGCCCUUUAAUGGAUUAAAACAACAACAACAACAAAAAAACCCCAAACCAACCUAUGAAGAGAUUGCAUUAAUUUGAAGAAACCAGCAGCCCCAACACCACCAGCUGGAAGCUCACUGAUGAACGGUCCGAUCCGUACUGGGUGCAAUGAAAGCUCCACGCAGGCCUUACCAUGGAAGGCUGUGACUCGCCUGUCGUCUCGGGGAAGGACAAUGGGUGCGGUAUCCCUCAGCACCAGCAAUGGACUGAACUCAACAGCACCCACCUCCCCGACAAACCCAGUAGCAUGGAGCAGUCCACAAGCGAGAACCACGGGCCCCUGGACAGCCUGAGGGCCCCCUUCAAUGAACGCCUCGCGGAGGGCGCCGCCCCGGCCCGCCCCGCCGCCGAGCCCGCCGGCAAGGAGGUCAGCUGCGACGAGUGCUCGGCCUCCUUCGCCAGCUUACAGACCUACAUGGAGCACCACUGCCCCAGCGCGCGCCCCCCGCUCCCCCCGAGAGAGGCGAGCGGGAGCGACACCAGUGAGGAGGGGGACGAGGAGAGUGAUGUGGAGAACCUGGCUGGGGAGAUCGUCUACCAGCCCGAUGGCUCGGCCUACAUUGUCGAGAGCCUGAGCCAGCUGACCCAAGGCGGGGGCACCUGUGGCAGCGGGCCUCUCCCUUCGCUCUUCCUGAACUCUCUCCCCGGGGCGGGGGGCAAGCAGGGGGACCCUUCCUGUGCUGCACCAGUCUACCCACAGAUCAUCAACACUUUCCACAUAGCCUCAUCCUUCGGGAAAUGGUUUGAGGGCCCAGCCCAGGCUUUCCCGAAUACCUCAGCCCUGACGGGGCUCAGCCCCGUCCUGCACAGCUUCCGCGUUUUUGACGUGCGACACAAAAGCAACAAGGAUUACCUGAACAGCGAUGGCUCUGCCAAAAGCUCCUGCGUAUCCAAAGAUGUUCCCAACAAUGUGGACCUGUCCAAAUUCGAUGGCUUCGUGCUCUACGGCAAGAGGAAGCCCAUCCUGAUGUGUUUCUUGUGCAAACUCUCCUUCGGGUACGUCCGUUCGUUUGUGACCCACGCGGUGCACGACCAUCGAAUGACCCUGAGUGAAGAUGAGCGGAAAAUUCUUAGCAAUAAGAACAUCUCCGCUAUCAUCCAAGGGAUUGGCAAAGACAAGGAACCCCUUGUAAGUUUUUUGGAACCAAAAAACAAAAACUUUCAACACCCUUUAGUUUCCACAGCUAACCUCAUAGGCCCCGGACACAGUUUUUAUGGUAAAUUUAGUGGCAUUCGAAUGGAAGGGGAGGAGGCUCUCCCAGCUGGCUCUGCCGCGGGCCCCGAGCAGCCCCAGGCUGGCAUCUUGACCCCCAGCACCCUCUUGAACCUUGGCGGGCUCACCAGCUCGGUCCUGAAGACCCCCAUUACCUCAGUCCCCCUGGGGCCUCUGGCCUCCAGUCCUACCAAAUCCUCAGAGGGCAAGGACUCUGGGGUAGCCGCAGGAGAGAAGCAAGACGUGGGCGAUCCAGAUUGCUUCUCCGAGAAAGCAGAGCCAGCCGAGGAGGAGGCGGAGGAGGAAGAGGAGGAAGAAGAGGCGGAGGAGGAGGAGGAGGAGGAAGAGGAGGAAGAGGAGGAGGAGGAGGACGAGGGUUGCAAAGGACUCUUUCCAAGCGAGUUGGACGACGAUCUGGAGGACAGGCCCCACGAGGAGUCUGGGGCCGCGGCAGGCAGCAGCAAAAAGGACCUUGCUCUCUCAAACCAAAGCAUUUCUAACUCCCCCUUAAUGCCUAAUGUGCUCCAGACCCUGUCGAGGGGCGCAGCUUCUACUAGUUCUAAUUCUGCUUCUUCCUUUGUUGUCUUUGAUGGUGCGGACAGGAGGAGUCGUUUAAGCUUUAACAGUGAGGGUGUCAGGGCCAGUGUGGCAGAGGGCGGCAGGAGGCUGGACUUCGCUGACGAAAGUGCCAAUAAAGACAAUGCCACAGUACCGGAACCAAAUGAAAGCACAGAGGGCGACGAUGGGGGCUUUGUCCCCCAUCACCAGCACGCUGGCUCCCUCUGCGAGCUGGGGGUUGGGGAAUGCCCCUCGGGGAGCGGCGUGGAGUGCCCCAAAUGCGACACGGUCCUGGGCUCCUCCCGCUCGCUGGGCGGCCACAUGACCAUGAUGCAUUCUCGUAACUCAUGUAAGACACUUAAGUGCCCCAAGUGCAACUGGCAUUAUAAAUACCAGCAGACCCUGGAGGCACACAUGAAGGAGAAGCACCCGGAGCCGGGGGGCUCCUGUGUCUACUGCAAAAGCGGGCAGCCCCACCCGCGGUUGGCGCGAGGUGAGAGCUACACGUGUGGUUACAAGCCUUUCCGCUGUGAGGUGUGUAACUACUCCACAACUACCAAAGGCAACCUCAGUAUUCAUAUGCAGUCCGACAAGCAUCUCAACAACAUGCAGAACCUGCAGAACGGAGGGGGGGAGCAGGUGUUCAGCCACUCGGCCGGGGCGGCGGCCGCGGCGGCAGCGGCGGCGGCUGCGGCGGCCAACAUCGGCAGCUCCUGCGGGGCCCCCUCGCCCACCAAACCAAAAACCAAACCCACCUGGCGGUGCGAGGUGUGCGAUUACGAGACCAACGUGGCCAGGAACCUGCGCAUCCACAUGACCAGCGAGAAGCACAUGCAUAACAUGAUGCUCCUGCAGCAGAACAUGACCCAGAUCCAGCACAGCCGACACCUGGGCCUCGGCAGCCUGCCCUCGCCUGCCGAGGCCGAGCUUUACCAGUACUACCUGGCCCAGAACAUGAGCCUGCCCAACCUGAAGAUGGACAGCACCGCCUCGGAUGCCCAGUUCAUGAUGAGCGGAUUCCAGCUGGAUCCCACCGGGCCCAUGGCCGCCGUGACGCCCGCUCUAGUGGGCGGUGAGAUCCCCCUAGACAUGCGCCUCGGGGGCGGGCAGCUGGUGUCGGAGGAGCUGAUGAACCUGGGCGAGAGCUUCAUCCAGACCAACGACCCGUCGCUGAAGCUCUUCCAGUGCGCCGUCUGCAACAAGUUCACCACGGAUAACCUGGACAUGCUGGGGCUGCACAUGAACGUGGAGCGCAGCCUCCCGGAGGACGAGUGGAAGGCCGUGCUGGGGGACUCGUACCAGUGUAAGCUCUGCCGCUACAACACCCAGCUCAAGGCCAACUUUCAGCUGCACUGCAAGACAGACAAGCACGUGCAGAAGCACCAGCUGGUGGCCCACAUCAAGGAGGGCGGCAAAGCCAACGAGUGGCGGCUCAAGUGCGUGGCCAUCGGCAACCCCGUCCACCUCAAGUGCAACGCAUGCGACUACUACACCAACAGCUUGGAGAAGCUGCGGCUGCACACGGUCAACUCCAGGCACGAGGCCAGCCUGAAGCUGUACAAGCACCUGCAGCAGCACGAGAGCGGAGUGGAGGGCGAGAACUGCUAUUACCACUGCGUCCUGUGCAACUACUCCACCAAGGCCAAGCUCAACCUCAUCCAGCAUGUGCGCUCCAUGAAGCACCAGCGCAGCGAGAGCCUGCGCAAGCUGCAGCGGCUGCAGAAGGGCCUUCCGGAGGAGGACGAGGACCUGGGGCAGAUCUUCACCAUCCGCAGGUGCCCCUCCACCGAGCCGGAAGAAGCCAUUGAAGAUGUUGAAGGGCCCAGUGACGCGGCUGCUGAUUCAGAGGAGCUUGCUAAAGACCAGGAGAGUGGAGGCGAGAAGGACCAGAGCAAGUGGACAGCGUCGUCCAGCCAAGCAGAGAAGGAGCUGACAGAUUCUCCCGCACCCUCCAAACGCAUCUCCUUCACAGGUAGCUCGGAAUCUCCUCUCUCUUCAAAGCGACCGAAAACAUCAGAGGAGACCAAACCAGAGCAGAUGUACCAGUGUCCCUACUGCAAGUACAGCAACGCCGACGUCAACCGGCUCCGGGUGCAUGCCAUGACGCAGCACUCCGUGCAGCCCAUGCUGCGCUGUCCCCUGUGCCAGGACAUGCUCAACAACAAGAUCCACCUCCAGCUGCACCUCACCCACCUCCACAGCGUGGCGCCUGACUGCGUGGAGAAACUCAUAAUGACGGUGACCACCCCUGAGAUGGUGAUGCCCAGCAGCAUGUUCCUCCCAGCAGCUGUUCCAGAUCGAGACGGGAACUCCACUUUGGAGGAGGCAGGAAAGCAGCCUGAAACCUCAGAGGAUCUGGGAAAGAACAUCUUGCCCUCUGUAAGCACAGAGCACAGUGGAGAUUUGAAACCCUCUUCUGCUGACCCAGGCUCUGUGAGAGAAGAUUCAGGCUUCCUAUGCUGGAAGAAGGGGUGCAAUCAGGUUUUCAAAACCUCUGCCACUCUUCAAACACACUUCAGUGAGGUUCAUGCCAAGAGGCCCCAGCUGCCUGUGUCAGAUCGCCAUGUGUACAAGUAUCGCUGUAAUCAGUGCAGCCUGGCUUUCAAGACCAUUGAAAAGCUGCAGCUCCAUUCUCAGUACCAUGUGAUCAGAGCUGCCACAAUGUGCUGUCUUUGUCAGCGUAGUUUCCGAACUUUUCAGGCUCUGAAAAAACACCUUGAGACAAGCCAUCUGGAGUUGAGUGAGGCUGACAUCCAACAGCUGUAUGGUGGCCUUCUGGCCAAUGGGGACCUCCUGGCAAUGGGGGACCCUGCCCUGGCAGAGGACCACACCAUAAUUGUGGAGGAAGACAAGGAGGAAGAGAGUGACUUAGAAGACAAACAGAGCCCAACGGGCAGUGACUCUGGGUCAGUACAAGAAGACUCAGGCUCAGAGCCAAAGAGAGCUCUACCUUUCAGAAAAGGCCCCAACUUCACCAUGGAAAAAUUUCUAGACCCUUCUCGCCCUUACAAGUGUACAGUCUGCAAGGAGUCUUUCACUCAAAAGAAUAUCCUGCUAGUGCACUACAAUUCUGUCUCCCACCUGCAUAAGUUGAAGAGAGCCCUUCAAGAAUCGGCAACUGGUCAGCCAGAACCCACCAGCAGCCCAGACAACAAACCUUUCAAGUGUAACACUUGUAACGUGGCCUACAGCCAGAGUUCCACUUUGGAGAUCCACAUGCGGUCUGUGUUGCAUCAAACCAAGGCCCGAGCAGCCAAGCUGGAGGCUGCAGGCGGCAGUAGCAAUGGGACGGGGAACAGCAGCAGCGUCUCCCUGAGCUCCUCCACCCCAAGUCCUGUGAGCAGCAGUGGUAGUAACACCUUUACCACCAGCAACCCAAGCAGUGCUGGCAUCACUCCGAGUUCCAGCCUACUGAGCCAAGUGCCCCCUGAAAGUGCAGGGAUGCCGGCCCUGGGGAAUCCCAUCGGUGCCAACAUCACUUCCCCUUCAGAGCCCAAGGAGGCCAAUCGGAAGAAGCUGGCAGACAUGAUUGCAUCCAGACAGCAGCAGCAGCAAGCACAGACGCUAGCCCAGGCCCAGGCUCAAGUUCAAGCUCACCUGCAGCAGGAGCUGCAGCAGCAGGCGGCCCUGAUCCAGUCUCAGCUGUUCAACCCCGCCCUGCUUCCUCACUUCCCCAUGACCACAGAGACCCUGCUGCAGCUGCAGCAGCAGCAGCAUCUCCUCUUCCCCUUCUACAUCCCCAGCGCAGACUUCCAGCUCAGCCCUGACGUGAGCUUGCCAGUGACCAGCGGGGCGCUGACACUGACGGGGACGGGCCCGGGCCUUCUAGACGAUCUGAAGGCUCAGGUUCAGAUCCCAACACAGAGCCACCAGCAGAUCCUGCAGCAGCAACAGCAAAGCCAGCUCUCCCUGUCCCAGACUCACUCUGCCCUUCUACAGCCCAGCCAGCACUCUGAAAAGAAAAACAAAUUGGUCAUCAAAGAAAAGGAAAAAGAAAGCCAGAGAGAGAGGGACAGUGCCGAGGUGGGAGAGGGCAACCCAGGACCUAAGGAAUCGCUGCCAGAUGCCUUGAAGGCUAAAGAGAAGAAAGAAUUGGCACCAGCAGCUAGUUCGGAGCCUUCCAUGCUCCCACCACGAAUCGCCUCAGAUGCCAGAGGGAAUGCCACCAAGGCCCUGCUGGAGAACUUUGGCUUUGAGCUGGUCAUUCAGUACAACGAGAACAAGCAGAAGGUGCAGAAGAAGAAUGGGAAGACUGAGCAGGGAGAGAAUCUGGAAAAGCUUGAGUGUGACUCCUGUGGCAAGUUGUUUUCUAACAUCUUGAUUUUAAAGAGUCAUCAGGAGCACGUUCAUCAAAACUACUUUCCCUUUAAACAGCUAGAGAGAUUUGCUAAACAGUACCGCGAGCAGUACGAUAAACUGUACCCCCUGAGGCCCCAGACCCCAGAGCCACCGCCACCACCUCCCCCGCCACCUCCUCCACCCCCUCUUCCUGCAGCACCGCCUCAGCCAGCUUCCACGCCAGCCAUCCCUGCAUCAGCCCCACCCAUCACUUCACCCACGAUUGCACCCACCCAGCCAUCCGUGCCACUCACCCAGCUCUCUAUGCCCAUGGAGCUGCCCAUCUUCUCACCACUGAUGAUGCAGACGAUGCCACUGCAGACCUUGCCGGCUCAGCUGCCCCCUCAGCUUGGACCUGUGGAGCCUCUGCCUGCGGACCUGGCCCAGCUGUACCAGCACCAGCUCAAUCCAAGCCUGCUCCAACAGCAGAACAAGAGGCCUCGCACCAGGAUCACGGAUGACCAGCUCCGGGUCCUGCGGCAAUAUUUUGACAUUAACAACUCCCCCAGUGAAGAGCAGAUCAAAGAAAUGGCAGACAAGUCUGGGUUGCCCCAGAAAGUGAUCAAGCACUGGUUCAGAAACACCCUCUUCAAAGAGCGGCAGCGUAACAAGGAUUCCCCUUACAACUUUAGCAAUCCUCCCAUCACCAGCCUGGAGGAGCUCAAGAUAGACUCGCGGCCCCCUUCGCCAGAACCUCAGAAGCAGGAGUACUGGGGAAGCAAGAGGUCUUCAAGAACAAGGUUUACUGACUAUCAGCUGAGGGUCCUACAGGACUUCUUUGAUGCCAAUGCUUACCCCAAGGAUGACGAAUUUGAGCAACUCUCUAAUUUACUAAACCUUCCAACCCGAGUCAUAGUGGUAUGGUUUCAAAAUGCCCGACAGAAGGCCCGGAAAAAUUAUGAGAAUCAGGGGGAGGGCAAAGAUGGAGAGCGGCGUGAGCUUACAAAUGAUAGGUAUAUUCGAACAAGCAACCUGAACUACCAGUGCAAAAAAUGUAGCCUGGUGUUUCAGCGCAUCUUUGAUCUCAUCAAGCAUCAGAAGAAGCUGUGUUACAAAGAUGAGGAUGAGGAGGGGCAGGAUGACAGCCAGAAUGAGGAUUCCAUGGAUGCCAUGGAAAUCCUGACACCCACCAGCUCCUCCUGCAGCACCCCAAUGCCCUCACAGGCUUACAGUGCCCCAGCACCAUCCGCCAACACGGCUUCCUCCGCUUUCUUACAGCUCACGGCGGAGCCUGAUGAACUGGCUACUUUUAGUUCAAAAACAGAGGCAAGUGAUGAGAAACCAAAGCAGGCUGAACCUCCCAGUGCACAGCCAAACCAAACACAAGAAAAGCAAGGGCAACCAAAGGCAGAGCUGCAGCAACAAGACCAGCCCGAGCAGAAGACAAACGCAGCGCAGCAAAAGCUCCCACAGCUCACUUCCCCCACUUCGUUACCACAGCCUCCUCCACAAGCACCCCCACCUCAGUGCCCCUUACCCCAGUCGAGCCCCAGUCCUUCUCAGCUCUCCCACCUGCCCCUCAAGCCCCUCCACACGUCGACUCCUCAGCAGUUGGCAAACCUACCUCCUCAGCUAAUCCCCUACCAGUGUGAUCAGUGUAAGUUGGCGUUUCCAUCAUUUGAGCACUGGCAGGAGCAUCAACAGCUUCAUUUCCUGAGUGCACAGAACCAGUUCAUCCACCCCCAGUUUUUGGACAGGUCACUGGAUAUGCCUUUCAUGCUGUUUGACCCUAGUAACCCACUCCUGGCGAGCCAGCUGCUCUCUGGGGCUAUACCUCAGAUUCCAGCCAGCUCGGCCACUUCUCCUUCAACUCCAACCUCCACAAUGAACACUCUGAAGAGGAAGCUGGAGGAAAAGGCCAGUGCAAGCCCUGGAGAAAAUGACAGUGGGACAGGAGGAGAAGAACCUCAGCGAGACAAGCGUUUGAGGACAACCAUUACACCAGAACAGCUAGAAAUUCUGUACCAGAAGUAUCUGUUAGACUCCAAUCCAACUCGAAAGAUGUUGGAUCACAUCGCACACGAGGUGGGCUUGAAGAAGCGUGUGGUCCAAGUCUGGUUUCAGAAUACCCGAGCCCGGGAACGGAAAGGACAGUUCCGGGCUGUGGGCCCAGCGCAGGCGCACAGAAGAUGCCCUUUUUGCAGAGCACUCUUCAAAGCCAAGACUGCCCUCGAGGCUCAUAUCCGGUCCCGUCAUUGGCAUGAGGCCAAGAGAGCUGGCUACAACCUAACUCUGUCUGCAAUGCUCUUGGACUGCGAUGGGGGACUCCAGAUGAAAGGAGAUAUUUUUGAUGGAGCCAGCUUUUCCCACCUACCCCCAAGCAGCAGUGACGGCCAAGGUGUCCCCCUCUCACCUGUGAGUAAAACCAUGGACUUGUCUCCCCGAACUCUUCUUAGCCCUUCUUCCAUCAAGGUGGAGGGAAUUGAGGAUUUUGAAAGUCCCUCCAUGUCCUCAGUUAAUCUGAACUUUGACCAAACUAAGCUGGACAACGACGACUGUUCCUCUGUCAACACAGCAAUCACGGAUACCACCACCGGAGACGAGGGCAAUGCGGAUAAUGACAGUGCGACGGGAAUAGCAACUGAAACCAAAUCCUCUUCUGCACCCAAUGAAGGGUUGACCAAAGCGGCCAUGAUGGCAAUGUCUGAGUAUGAAGAUCGGUUGUCGUCUGGUCUGGUCAGCCCAGCCCCAAGCUUUUACAGCAAGGAAUACGACAAUGAAGGUACAGUGGACUACAGUGAAACCUCGAGCCUUGCAGACCCCUGCUCCCCGAGUCCUGGGGCAAGCGGGUCAGCAGGCAAAUCUGGAGACAGUGGGGAUCGGCCAGGGCAGAAACGUUUUCGCACUCAGAUGACCAAUCUGCAGCUGAAAGUCCUCAAGUCAUGCUUUAAUGACUACAGGACGCCCACCAUGCUAGAGUGUGAGGUCCUGGGCAAUGAUAUUGGACUGCCAAAGAGAGUUGUUCAGGUCUGGUUCCAGAAUGCCCGGGCAAAAGAAAAGAAGUCCAAGUUAAGCAUGGCCAAGCAUUUUGGUAUAAACCAAACAAGUUACGAGGGGCCGAAAACAGAGUGCACUUUGUGUGGCAUCAAGUACAGCGCUCGGCUGUCUGUACGUGACCAUAUCUUUUCCCAGCAGCAUAUCUCCAAAGUUAAGGACACCAUUGGAAGCCAGUUGGACAAGGAGAAAGAAUACUUUGACCCAGCCACUGUACGUCAGUUGAUGGCUCAACAAGAGUUGGACCGGAUUAAAAAGGCCAACGAGGUCCUCGGACUGGCAGCUCAGCAGCAGGGGAUGUUUGACAAUGCCCCUCUUCAGGCUCUUAACCUUCCUACAGCAUAUCCGGCGCUCCAGGGCAUUCCUCCCGUGUUGCUCCCCGGCCUCAACAGCCCCUCCUUGCCGGGCUUUACUCCAUCCAACACAGCUUUAACGUCUCCUAAACCGAACUUGAUGGGUCUGCCCAGCACAACAGUUCCUUCCCCUGGCCUCCCCACAUCUGGAUUACCAAAUAAACCGUCCUCAGCAUCGCUGAGCUCCCCGACCCCAGCACAAGCCACUAUGGCGCUGGCCCCUCAGCAGCUCCCCCAACCCCAGCAGCAGCCACAGGUGCAGCCGCCGCCGCCCGCAGCUCAGCCCCCGCCCGCGCCACAGCUCCCCCCGCAACAGCCGCAACAGCCACGCAAGGACAAAGACAGUGAGAAGGUAAAGGAGAAGGAAAAGGCACACAAAGGGAAAGGGGAGCCCCUCCCUGUCCCCAAGAAGGAGAAAGGCGAGGCCCCCCCAGCGGCCACAGCCACUCUCUCAGCCCCGCUGCCCGCCAUGGAGUAUGCAGUGGACCCUGCACAGCUACAGGCCCUGCAGGCGGCCUUGACUUCGGACCCCACAGCGUUGCUCACGAGCCAGUUCCUUCCUUACUUUGUACCAGGCUUCUCUCCGUACUAUGCCCCCCAGAUCCCUGGCGCCCUGCAGAGCGGGUACCUGCAGCCUAUGUAUGGCAUGGAAGGCCUGUUCCCCUACAGCCCUGCGCUGUCGCAGGCCCUGAUGGGGCUGUCCCCGGGCUCCCUACUGCAGCAGUACCAGCAAUACCAGCAGAGUCUGCAGGAGGCGCUCCAGCAGCAGCAGCAGCGGCAACUGCAGCAGCAGCAGCAGCAGAAAGUGCAGCAGCAGCCCAAAGCAAGCCAAACCCCAGUCCCCCAGGGGGCUGCUUCCCCAGACAAAGACCCUGCCAAAGAAUCCCCCAAACCAGAAGAGCAGAAAAACGCCCCCCGUGAGGUGUCCCCCCUCCUGCCGAAACCCCCCGAAGAGCCAGAAGCGGAAAGCAAACGUGCGGACUCCCUCUACGACCCGUUCAUUGUUCCAAAGGUGCAGUACAAGUUGGUCUGCCGCAAGUGCCAGGCGGGCUUCGGCGACGAGGAGGCGGCGAGGAGCCACCUGAAGUCCCUCUGCUGCUUCGGCCAGUCUGUGGUGAACCUGCAAGAGAUGGUGCUUCACGUCCCCACGGGCGGCGGCGGCGGCGGCGGCGGCGGGAGUGGCGGCGGCUCGUACCACUGCCUGGCGUGCGAGAGCGCGCUCUGUGGGGAGGAAGCUCUGAGUCAACAUCUCGAGUCGGCCUUGCACAAACACAGAACAAUCACGAGAGCAGCAAGAAACGCCAAAGAGCACCCUAGUUUAUUACCUCACUCUGCCUGCUUCCCCGAUCCUAGCACCGCAUCUACCUCGCAGUCUGCCGCUCACUCAAACGACAGCCCCCCUCCCCCGUCGGCCGCCGCCCCCUCCUCGUCCUCCGCUUCCCCCCACGCCUCCAGGAAGUCUUGGCCGCAAGUGGUCUCCCGGGCUUCGGCCGCGAAGCCCCCUUCUUUUCCUCCUCUCUCCUCAUCUUCAACGGUUACCUCAAGUUCAUGCAGCACCUCAGGGGUUCAGCCCUCGAUGCCAACAGACGACUAUUCGGAGGAGUCUGACACGGAUCUCAGCCAAAAGUCCGACGGACCGGCGAGCCCGGUGGAGGGUCCCAAAGACCCCAGCUGCCCCAAGGACAGUGGUCUGACCAGUGUAGGAACGGACACCUUCAGAUUGUAAGCUUUGAAGAUGAACAAUACAAACAAAUGAAUUUAAAUAAAAAGAUUAAUAAGAAACCGAUUUCAAAAAUAGACUAACUGCAAUUCCAAAGCUUCUAACCAAAAAAAAAAAAAAAAAAAAAAAGGAAAAAAAAGAAAAAGCGUGGGUUGUUUUCCCAUAUACCUAUCUAUGCCGGUGAUUUUACAUUCUUGUCUUUUCUUUUAAUAUAAAAAAAAAAACCUUAACCCUGUUACAUUGUGUCCUUUUGAAGGUACUAUUGGUCUGGGAAACAAGUCCGCAGGGCCUCCCUAAUGUCUUUGGAGCUUAAACCCCUUGUAUAUUUGCCCCUUUUCAAUAAACACCCCACGUUGAUAGCACAGGAGGAGCCCGGCAUGCACUGUAUGGGAAAGCAGUCCACCUUGUUACAGUUUUAAAUUUCUUGCUAUCUUAGCAUUCAGAUACCAAUGGCUUGCUAAAAGAAAAAAAAGAAAUGUAAUGUCUUUUUAUUCUCAGGUCAAUCGCUCACACUUUGUUCUGUUUUCAGAAUCAUUGUUUUAUAAUAUAUUAUUUUUUCAGUUUUUUUUUUUUUUUUUGUUCCAGAAAAGAUUUUUUGUUUUGUUAAUUUAAAAACGGGCAGAAAGUAUUUGAGAAAAACAAUGUGAACUGCUUUAGCUUUCUGGGGAUUUAAAGAAUAGCUUUUCUGCUGAAGCCAAUUUCAAGGGGAAAAGUUAAGCACUCCCACUUUCAGAAAAAAAAAAAAAAAAAAACCCACACACAGAGUGUUGAGGACUUGUAGCUUAAAAAAAUAAGUUUUAAAAACUGACUUUCUGUAUUUAUGAUAGAUAUGACCAUUUUUGGUGUUGAGUAGAUUGUUGCAUUGGAAAUGAACUGAAGCAGUAUGGUAGAUUUAAAAGGAAAAAAAAAAAAAACCUUUUGUGUACAUUUAGCUUUUUGUAUGGUCCAGCUGACAGCUCCUCAUUUGAUGUUGUCUUGUUCAUUCCUAGCAGAUAGAUUGCAAUCCGUUGAUUCGCCUAAGCUUUUCUCCCUUUGUCCCUUAAUUCCACUUUCUCUUUCCUCCUCCCACCCUAUAAUCUCCCACUUAAGGUAGCUGCCUUCAUUUCUUAGAGGGUAGCUGCAGAAUUAUUUUAUAAAACUAAAGAAAGAAUUUCAAAAGGUUCUAGGGGUCAUUAGGAUCCUCACAGAUUAUUUUUGGUUGGGGAGUUGAAACUUUUUAAAGGCAUAUAAUUCUAGUUACCUAUGUCUGUAAGCCUUGUGCCAUUUAUUUUUUAUUUAUCCUUCCUUUAGCUUUUCUUUUUAUCCUUUCUUUUCCUCCUUGGUUGGUAGAUGCUUCAAAUAUUCUUUUCCUAAACUAAAGCAUUUGUUUUGGUUUGUGUAAUUGAGCUGUGUGCUUUUCUUUCUAAAAAAGUUUUUGGUUAGGGGUUUUGUUUUUGUUUUCUUUCCUCUCAGAAAAAGAAAUUUCAUGCUUUAAAUAAAAUCCAAAGACACACCCUUUCACUGCUGAUGCAGAAAAAAGGGAAAGGGUUCUUGUUACUUGAGAAUUUGUUUCUGAUUUAAACAAACAAGACUUAGUUUAAUAAAAGAAAGAGUAAAACAAAAGAUUCCCAGGUUGUUAUGUGCUUCUUCUGCAAGCAGAGAGGCAACUGUUAAUGACAAUUCCAUAUACCAAAAGACACAUUUUUUACUUCAAAGUUUUGUCCUUGUGUUAGGCAGUCUGAGCGGCGAGUGAUCCAGAGUGCAGCCAACAAAGAAGCAGAUAGCAAGGUACAGAGAGCAAAAAGGAACCGUAUGUGAGGCACUUGUAUUUAUGUUAAUAUCUGUAUUCCUGUAACACAUAACGCAACAUACACCCUUUCUCAUCUUAAAACAAUGGUCUGAACUUUGAAAGGAAAACUUUGUGCUGCUAAAAUGUAGAUUUUGGAGACAAAUAGAUGCUUUGCUUUUCACUUUCAUAGCCAAACAUCAACAGAAACAAUCUCCCUGUGCCCCGAAAGUGUGAAAUCCUUCUCCCCUUCGUUCUCUUCCUUAUGUUUCAAAAGGGAACUUUGAAGACUGUGAAUGCAGGUUCCAUUGGUCAUCUUUCGGGCUUCUUUCCCCAGUGCUGAAGCCACUCAACGACUUUGCAAAAGACUGGAGCAUUCCAAGAUCUGAAAAUGGAUUUCUUUUUUUCUUUUUUCUCUUUUUUAGCCGGGACUGUUUUAUUUUUAUGAAUUUGUUUUUGGUUUAAUGAAAGAGUAGAUCCUGAACUGUUGUAUAUAUUUCUAACUAGGCUGAUGCACAGUGCAAAUUCCUUUUUUUAAUUUUUUUAAGUAGAAAUACUAAAGAGUACCAUCUAACUAUUCAUACCAGUAUCCAGUUGUAGCAUAAGGUGUCAAAAACAAGUACACAAAAACAUUUGCUGUUUUAACAAACUAUUUUCUUUUAACAAGAAUUCUUGUAUUUCUCCCUGUGUUUGAGAUGAACAUUUUUAAAUUUUAAAGUUGUACAGUUUUUUGUUUUCCAUUAUUUUAUCUUGUUUGUAACUCUAUGAAAUAUAUAUAUAUUUUUUGCCAUUUAACUGUUGUAUGUUACUCUGUGUCUGUAUCAUAUAGAAAAAAAUUUGUUUUUGUUUUUGGUCCUCUAUGUGAUACCAAUUAACAAUUUAACACUAGCUUUACACGUCAAAUUCUGCUAGGUUUUUUCUGAAAACUUUGUUUUUAAAAAUGAUAUUGCUUGGUAAUAGUGCAAUUUCUAUCCCUUUCCCUCCCCCCUCAACUUUAAGUUCAUUUCCUUGUAAUUUUGCCACCCCCUCCACAAUGGUGUUUCGUUUGUUUGUUUAUUUGUUUUGAGCUACUAUGCCAUCCUCCCUCUGUGAGGCAGCGUGACUGUCAGUGUUUUGUUAUGCCAUGCCUUGACCUGUGGGUGUAUUUGGCAACAGCAAGGUGGUUGGGUAGAUUGGCUAAGCAUGCUUCCACCCACCAGUGUUUCUCAGAGGGGUUAUGUGAUUGUUUUAUCCUGGAGUGGGUUGCACAUUUGAUGCUUUCCUCUACAACUCUACCACCCACAUAUAUGUUCAUUCAAAAAAGAAAAAAAUUCUCAGCAUUAACUCAGAAGUAGCAAAGCAGUCAGUGAUGGUGACGAUUAGACGUCAAAUAUGAGCUAGUUAGAUGUUUGUGGGUUGACAUCCGCUAUGGCUGUGACUGGUAUCAUUUACAAAGCAUGAAUUCACUACAAUGCUCAACUGUUUAGAUUGGUCUCACUAGGCGAAUUUAACUCCUGUUGCAUAGUAGGUAGCUGAACAGGAUAUCUCAACUCACUUUUUAAAUUAGUUCUUCACCUCUAUUGACACUUCAUAUUUUGGUUGGUUGGUAGGUUUGUUUGAUUUUUUUUCAAAUACUCCAAAGAGUGGGUUGGUGCUUGACACCAUUCAGUCAUGGCACCAUAUGAACCCACUGAAUGGAACUUAUUUCAACCAUCCUUCCUCCAUCCUUCCAAAAAGAAACUUAAGAAGGAAACACACACACACACACACACACACGGAAAAGUUUAAUAAAUCUAGGAAGUUUUUUUUUUAAUUAAAAGCUAUUUAAAGAGAUGAAUGUGGCCAAAGUUUUACAUGAUUGAAAAUAAAGUAAAACAGACGGCAUGUGUUUAAACCUGAGUUUAUCAGGCAUGGCAGGAAGUUGCAGGAGAGAGAGGCAGUGACCCAAGCCAGUGCACUUGAUGUUCAUGGACAUAUAUUUUUUUUAAAUAAAUUAAAUUAAAACAUUUUAAAUAGAAGCAUAAAUUGAGUUGGUUGUUUGUUGGCGCUGAGAUACUGCCCACUGUGAAACAAAGCUUUGACUAGUUUUUUUUGUUUGUUUACUUUCUUGGGGGGAGGGGGGCAAGUUUGGGUAGGAAAGAAAGCAUAAAUGAACGUGACCCUGAGGUGAAGAGGUAUAUGAACAGCCUUUGCAAUGUACAAAAAAACAAAAAACAAAAAAACAAAAAAAAAAUAGAGCAAGUGAAACCAAAAAUGAUGUUCUUGGUGUUUUUCUAUAAUGUAGUCUUGUUAGCUUUUUUUGUUACUGUAACAAUGCUGAUCUCGAACUGUACCAAAAUACAUGGAGACUAACAAACAGAACCACAUGGAACUUUCAAACUGAAAAAAAAAAUUUGUCACAAAAACUUUGUUGUCAUAGUUAAGUUGAUUGUAGAUGGUAAUUGAAUAUACUCCUUUGAAAAUAUUUCAUCAAGUAUGUUUCCUGCUCAUUGUGAUACAUUAAAAAAAUAUGAGCAAAAGUUCUUGUCUUAUGCCCUCAGAUUUUGUGUGUGUGCAUGUGUGAGAGAGAAAGAGAUUGAUACUGGCAAAGUGUAAAUUUGAACAGUAUCUUGAGGUUGCAUGUACUUAUUCCAAGGUACAUAGCUCUUUAGUAUUUCUAAGUGUCCUUGUAUUUCCUAUCUCCUGGCGUUCAUGAAAGUGCAGCAAGUUUUGGCCGUGAUGCUGACUAGCUUAUUUCAUUGAGAAGGGUAAGUCUGACAGCUCGGGUAAUAGUUGACCCUCGAGAGCCUUAAUAGUACCUGUAUUUUUUUUUUUUCCCAAAUGUUUCUAUGAGAAUUGUGGACACUUGGCACAACCAUGAGCAAGUAAGUUUUGCUGAUGGCUGGAAGAGAGGUAAGUCAAACUUUUCUGAGAUGGGAAUUAGAUCCACUGUUUCUGACAGAAGGAUAUGAAAGGUAAGUUGAGUUAAGUGGGUGAUCCACUACAUUUACCUUUCCUAUCAAAGGACUUUUCUAAACGCCUUUUAGAGCAGAAUUUGAGAUAAGAAGAGUCUGCAAAACAGUAAUAGCGUUAGUCAUUCCUACAAACAAGAGUCCUCUUAUAAAAAACUCUCUUACAGCACAAAAUGCCUGAAAUUCAUUAAUAAGGAGUAUAUCCAAGAUCAGGCCCAAAGGCCUUCCAUUCAUCUCUAAUUUAGAGCCACAGCUGAUAAAUAAUUUAUAAAACCCUAGUAGCUGGGCUUGGACAGCAUUGCGGGCUAGCUGUGUCCUUGCAAGGUCUGUGGCAUCUGCCCUUGGCCAACAGGGGUCUUUUCUACCCCAGGAGUUAAGCUAUGAAAUCCUCCUCUCUCGGCUCUGACAGCCAUUGUCAACCAAGUCUUUUUUCUUAGUUCCUGGAGCAGGCGUUCAAGAAGAGGCAGCGGCCCUAUUAGCUACAAAUGUCAAAGCGUUCUACAGCUGGCCCAGGCAGUGCUAGUGCUUAGAAAGGAAAUGCUGGUUCCCUUGCCAAUGCUAGGACCUCUGUGCCAAACAAGUAGUAUCCCAAUACUAUCCCUAAUAAAACCCUGAUCUUUCCCCACGCAUUGUACCUUUCUUUUGGGUGUUCCCAUAGGAGCACAUGGCUUCUAUGUCAAUAUGUUUUCUUGGCACACAGCUAUGUCACUGAUCGUUCUUGUGACCCCAUGAAAAGGUACAGGAUGAUAAAAAUUGUUCAGACCCAAAGCCACGUCUGCCUUUCUAAGCUAUAAUUAUUUUAGGAUCUGGCAGGAUCACUUUGAAACAUUUUAAAUGGAACUAUUUUGCAGAGGGGUUUUGCUGCCUCAGCUCUUUCAAGGAAAGUGACUACAAUUCAAAUGCUUCUACAGAUAAAAUUUUAACAAGAAAAUAAGACCUAACCUCAGUGAUGGUUGAGCCCUUUGUAUCAGAAAAUCUCUAAGCACCUGAAUUACAUUGAAAUAGGGUUGGGCAAGGGACUCUGUUACUAGAAAAGCUUUUUCUUAAGGAAAAAAGAAGGCUUCCAAUCUGGCUUCAAUAUCAUGCUCAUGUGGAUAUUAAUCUCCUUGGAAUUAAUAGUUUUUCCCCCCUGGAAAAUGUGAAACGGCAA